GUCCUGUCUGCGGUCGCCCUGGCGACGGUGCGGGCGGAGGACGGGCGCCGGCGGCGCGGGGAAGAAGUCAUGGAUAUAGAUGCUGAAAGAGAGAAAAUAACAAAGGAAAUCAAGGAACUUGAAAGGAUUUUGGAUCCUACCUCCUCAAGUAUCCAUGUGGAGGUCUCGGGAUCAAGUCUUGAUUCGGAUUCUGAAGCAGAUUCACUGCCCAGUGAGGACUUGGACAUCUCUGGUCCCCCGGUCUCGGAAGAAGAAAAGUGGGGCGAAGCUAGCAAUGACGAGGAUGACCCUAAGGACAGAGCCCUCCCUGAAGACCCAGAGACCUGCCUGCAGCUGAACAUGGUCUACCAGGAGGUCAUCCAAGAGAAGCUGGCAGAGGUCAACCUGCUGCUGGCUCAGAACCGGGAGCAGCAGGAGGAAAUCAUGUGGGAUCUGUCUGGGUCCAAAGGCCCCAAGGUGAAGGAUGGCAAGAGCCUGCCCCCGAACAUGUACGUGGGGCACUUCAUGAAGCCAUAUUUCAAGGACAGGGUCACUGGAGUGGGGCCUCCUGCCAAUGAAGACACACGUGAAAAGGCUGCCCAGGGAAUCAAGGCUUUUGAGGAGCUUCUUGUGACCAAAUGGAAGAACUGGGAAAAGGCCUUGCUCAGAAAGUCAGUGGUGAGUGACCGCCUGCAGCGUUUGCUCCAGCCCAAGUUACUGAAGCUUGAGUACUUGCGGCAGAAGCAGAGCAGGGCCUCCGGUGAGCCAGAGAGGCAGGCCCUGGAGAAGCAGGCCCAGGAGACGGAGAAGGAAGUCCAGGACAUCAGCCAGCUCCCAGAAGAGUCCUUGCUGGGGAAUAGGCUGGACAGCCACGACUGGGAGAAGAUUUCCAAAGUUAAUUUUGAAGGAGGACGCAGCGCAGAGGAGAUCCGGAAGUUUUGGCAGAACUCUGAGCACCCGAGCAUCAACAAGCAGGAAUGGAACAAGGAGGAGGUGGAACGGCUGAGGGCCAUUGCGGCCGCGCACGGCCUCCUGGAGUGGCAGAAGGUCGCGGAGGAGCUGGGGACCAGCCGCAGCGCCUUCCAGUGCCUGCAGAAGUUUCAGCAGCACAACAAAGCCCUGAAGCGCAAGGAGUGGACGGAGGAGGAGGACCGCAUGCUCACCCAGCUGGUCCAGGAGAUGCGGGUCGGGAGCCACAUCCCCUACCGCAGAAUUGUCUACUACAUGGAGGGGAGAGACUCCAUGCAGCUGAUCUAUCGGUGGACCAAGAGCUUGGAUCCUAGCCUGAAAAGGGGGUUCUGGGCCCCAGAGGAAGAUGCCAAGUUGCUUCAAGCUGUUGCCAAGUAUGGGGAGCAGGAUUGGUUUAAAAUCCGGGAAGAGGUGCCAGGUAGGAGCGAUGCCCAGUGCCGAGAUCGAUAUCUCAGAAGAUUGCAUUUCAGUUUGAAAAAGGGACGAUGGAGUUCACAGGAAGAGGAGCAGUUAAUUGAACUGAUAGAAAAGCACGGUGUUGGUCACUGGGCAAAAAUCGCUUCUGAACUACCCCAUCGGUCAGGCUCCCAGUGUCUGAGCAAGUGGAAGAUCAUGACUGGGAAGAAGCAGAGUCUCCAGAGGCGGCGGCGGAGGCCCCGUUGCAGUGUCCGGUGGAGCUCCAGCAGUGGCAGUAGUGGGGACAGCGGCAGCAGCGGCAGCAGCAGUAGCAGCAGCAGCAGCAGUAGCAGCAAUGAGGACUCAGAGACAGAACAGGAGGAGGCCCGGGAGGCUGACCAAGUGCUGCCAUCCCCGCAGUUUGUGGUCCCAGACAUGGACCUGUGGGUUCCUGCCAGACAGAGCACCAGCCAGCCAUGGAGAGGAGGGGCAGGGGGCUGGCCAGGAUGCCCUGCUGCCUCCUCCGGCCCUCCCAAGUGGUCCAAUAUUGCCCAUGGUGACAACAGGGCAGCUUCUGCCACCACCUUGGCUCCUGGAGAGGAGACCAGCCAGGCACAGACCCGGUGUGGGACUCACAGCACCCUCCUGAGAGGUGUCCAGUACCCACGUGUGGCAGACACUCACCCAGUGAGCAGGGAGGAGCCAGCCUGCGAGGAUGGGAAGCGUCUGCUGAAGGUGCCCCUGGAGACCGUGCUGAGGGUGCUCAGGACCAACACGGCCACUCGGAGCCAUGCACUGAAGGAGAGGUUGAGGCAGUCCUCCCUGCCUAACCCACCCCUGGAGAUCACCCCUGGUGAUAGAGUGACUGGGCCCCCCCGGCAACGGCUGUGGCACAGAACCUUCCAGAAUGGGCAGCGGCGUCGGAGACAUGCUCUGCACCAAAGGCUCCUUGAGCGCAGGCUUCUGCUGGCUGUGACUCCCUGGGUGGGUGACAUCCCCCUGCCCUGCAUGCAGGCUCCCCGGAGACCUACUACAGUGCAGACUCGAGCCGAUGGUGUCAGGAAGCAGCUGCAGCACGCCCGCCUGGCCAGCACCCCGGUGUUCACGCUGUUUAUUCAGCUGUUCCAGAUCGAUACUGCUGGCUGCAUGGAGGUCGUUGGAGAGAGGAAGGCCCAGCUGUCUGUACCACUCCAGCCUGGUGCUGGGGACCUGCCACCACAUCUUCAGCAGGGGCCCUCGAGUACCCAGAGCACCCCAGGCCGCCUCUUCCCAAAUGUGCCAGCUCGAGGUGCUGCAAAGAGUGCCAGCCACAAAGGGAGCAGAGGGCUGGAGUCUUGCCAGGCCAAGUCCAUCCCGUCCCAGGUGCCCCUGCCAGCUCCAUGCGGCCCCCGGCCCAAGCCUAAGACUGUGUCAGAGCUGCUGCGUGAAAAGCGGCUUCGGGAGGCCCGUGCCAGGAAGGCUGCCCAGGGCCCCACAGUUCUCCCACCACAACUGCUGAUCUCUUCGCCUGUGAUCUUCCAGCCACCUCUACCACCAGCCCCCCAUGGCUCCCCAGCUCCUACUCUCUCAAAUCCAGCACUCUCUGGGCCUGAGGCCCCCACAGUGGCCAGUCCCUGUGCUCCUGGCUCCUGGCAGGACGUUGGGACUUCAGCCAAGGGCAAGAGACCCCCCACCCUGCAAGCCCUGCUCCCCUCUUCUACUUCCACAGGGGCCGAGGGCACAGCGCCUGCUGCAUCCAAAACCCCUGCCCUGGGUCCCGGUCAGGUCCCUGUGAGCUGCUGUCAGCUGGGACAGUCUCAGGCCCCUGCCACAUCCCAGAAGCAGGGCCUGCCCAAGGUUCCAGCCUUGCUCCCUGCAGCCCCCAGCCCCACUCAGCUGCCCAUCCAACCCCUCAGCCUGACGCCAGCUGUGGGCACGCACAGGGCUGUGUCACACAUGGUGGCCAACAUCCCCCUUCCUGUCACUUGGGUGCUCACAGCCCAGGGGCUGCUACCUGUGCCUGUGCCAGCCGUGGUGGGCUUUCCCAGGCCAGCAGGGACCUCUGACCCCACAGGGCUGCCAAUGACUCUGCUGCCUGCCCGGACUGAGACUCAGGUGGCCCAGAGCCCCAGGGACAUGGAACCAGAUCUUUCCUCCAGGACAGACCCCUCAACUCCUCCUGCAACACCCACCUCCCAAAGUCCUGUAGAAGUGGAUGGUGACGUGGCCCAGGCAGCCAGGGAGACAUCUGUGCCCAGACCAGCCUCCCAGGCCAACCACCCUGCAGCAGAGCCACCCUGGUCCAGCCCAGGAACUGGCCCAGGGAGUGGUCCAGGAGGGACACUGGCGUCACCCUCAGGGACACAUGAGCCCACGGGGCUUCGGGGCCUGGAGAGGCAGCCCCUGCCCCGCUCUGAGAAGGGAGCACUGGACCUGGGCCUGCUCUCCCAGGAGAGUGAGGCAGCUACUCGAGAGUGGCUAAGAGGCCAGCAGGGGGUGUGUGUGCCUCCCCUGGGGAGCAGGCUGCCCUACCAGCCCCCUGCCCUGUGCAGCCUGCAAGUGCUGUCCAGCCUCCUGCUCCACAAGAAGGUCUUGGAGCUCAAGGCUACCUCCCUGGCGGCCGGCCGCUUGGCUGGGGGCAAGACGGAGCCCCAGGCCAGAGCUCUGCAGGCCUCGCUGGGGAUGGUGCGGAGACAGCUCCAGGACAACCCGGCCUACCUCCUGCUGAAAGCACGAUUCCUGGCAGUCUUCACUCUCCCUGCACUCCUGGCUACCCUGUCCCCUCACGGCAUCCCCACCACCCUGUCAGCAGCGACAAUGGUGGGCCCCGAGAGUGAGGAUGAGGACCUCAUGGACGAGCUGGAGCACACUGAUGGGGACAAGCAGCUGGGCUGCACAGCAGGCAGGGCCCAGGCAGGGCCAGCAGCCACGAUCCCUGUCCAGGGAGCCCCAGAUUCCAGCAAAGGCUCUUCCCCCUCCUACCUGGAUACUUCCGACGACCUUGAUGUGCUCAGAACCCGGCAUGCCCGGCACAUCCGGAAGCGGAGGCGGCUGGCCAUGUCGGACUACGAGAACGAGGAUCAGUGCUGGAGCACGCUGGAGAGCUUCCGCGUGAAGCUCAUCUCAGUCAUCGACCCCUCACGCAUCACGCCCUACCUGCGGCAGUGCAAGGUCCUGAACCUUGACGAUGAGGAACAGGUGCUCAGCGACCCCAACCUGGUCAUCCGCAAACGGAAAGUGGGUGUGCUCCUGGACAUCUUGCAGCGGACUGGUCACAAGGGCUACGUGGCCUUCCUCGAAAGCCUGGAACUGUACUACCCGCAGCUGUACAAGAAGGUCACAGGCAAGGAACCCACCCGCGUCUUCUCCAUGAUCAUCGAUGCAUCAGGGGAGUCGGGCCUGACACAGCUGCUGAUGAGUGAGGUCAUGAAGCUGCAGAAGAAAGUGCAGGACCUGACGGCGCUGCUGAGCUCCAAGGACGACUUCAUCAAGGAGCUGCGGGUGAAGGACAGCCUGCUGCGCAAGCACCAGGAGCGCGUGCAGAGGCUCAAGGAGGAGAGUGAGGCCUGCGGCCGUGAGCUCAAGCGCUGCAAGAACGAGAACUAUGACCUGGCCAUGCGCCUGGCGCGCCAGAGUGAGGAGAAGGGCGCGGCGCUCAUGCGGAACCGCGACCUGCAGCUUGAGAUCGACCGGCUGAAGCACAGCCUCAUGAAGGCAGAGGACGACUGCAAGGUGGAGCGCAAGCACACGCUGAAGCUCCGGCACGCCAUGGAGCAGCGGCCCAGCCAGGAGCUGCUAUGGGAGCUGCAGCAGGAGAAGGCACUGCUGCAGGCCCGGGUGCAGGAGCUGGAGGCCUCUGUCCAGGAGGGGAAGCUGGACAGGAGCAGCCCCUACAUCCAGGUGCUGGAGGAGGACUGGCGGCAGGCGCUGCGGGACCACCAGGAGCAGGCCAACACCAUCUUCUCCCUGCGCAAAGACCUGCGCCGGGCUGAGGUCCUACGUGCCCGGUGCCUGGAGGAGAAGGAGACGUUUGAGCUGCAGUGCCUGGCCCUACGUAAGGACUCCAAGAUGUACAAGGACCGCAUCGAGGCCAUCCUGCAGCAGAUGGAAGAGGUCGCCAUAGAGCGAGACCAGGCCAUCAGCUCGCGGGAGGAGCUGCACGCACAGUACGCGCGGAGCCUCCAGGAGAAGGACGGGCUGCGCAAGCGGGUCCGAGAGCUGGGCGAGAAGGCGGACGAGCUGCAGCUGCUGCUGUUCCAGCGUGAGGGCCAGCUGCUGGCCGCCGAGGGCAGGCUCAAGCGGCAGCAGCCGGAGACGCUUGUCCUGAGCUCUGACCUGGAGGACAGCUCCCCCAGGAACUCCCAGGAGCUCUCGCUCCCCCAGGACCUGGAAGAGGACGCCCAGCUCUCAGACAAAGGGGGCCUGGCCGAAGUGGAGAGCUCGGAGCCCCCCUUUGGGCCUCUGCAGAAGGAGCGGCUUUCACUGACCCCCAACGACGCAGGCCUGAGCAGCGGGGAGCCCCCGGAGAAGGAGCGGAGGCGCCUCAAGGAGAGCUUCGAGAACUACCGCAGGAAGCGGGCCCUCAGGAAGAUGCAGAACGGCUGGCGCCAGGGGGAGGUGGACCGGGAGAACACCACAGGCAGCGACAACACCGACACGGAGGGCUGCUAGCUCGGCGCCCGUCUCCCGCCGUGCUGGCGACCCCGGCAGGGCGCGAGGACAGGGGCCAGGCCGCAGGCUCCCCGAGGCCGCCUCGCGCUGCC